AUUAAGUUGCGCUCUUCCAUUUCCUCCAGAUCUUCCCCCUUCCCUUCCCCUCCCCUCCACUCCUUUUCAUUAAAAUUUCACCCAUUCGCUAGCUUGAAGAAACUACACCUCCCAAGAUGCUGUGCAGAGUCAACCCUCUUUCCCACAGCUCCUUGCGUUGUGUCUGUUGGGUGGGAAACUCCGUGGCAAGCGAGGCGCCCAUGCAGCCCCACGCAUGUCUUGCGCCGCCUUCGCCCCUUUCCUGUCCCUGCUAUGGCGGCAGGGACUCCCUCUGCUGCUGCAGCCCCCAGGCCGCCUCUGUGGUUCGGAGGCCCGGCUGAUGGCUCCAUGUACUUUUUUCCGCCUCUCGCCGUCCAUACUGGGAGUACCCUGGUGCUAACACCAGCAGAUGGAACAAAUUCUGCCUGGAUUCUGUCUCUCCCAGCAGAGAGCAAGAACAAAGCGGCAAAUCCACAGGAACACAGUGCACAACCACAUGCCUUGUCUUCAAGUAUUCCCAACCGAAGUGGAAAUAAGGGGAUGCAGCAAGGAGGCUCCGCAAAAGACGAGCUGGCUUUUUGUAAAGGGGAGUUCAAGGACCCUAUGGAGGCCUUGUGCUGCAAAACGAAAUCCUACAAAUGCCCUGACUGUGGGAAAAAUUACCGCAGGAGCACAGAUCUCUUGAGACACCAGAGGACCCACACCGGAGAAAGGCCUUACCUGUGUCUGGACUGUGGAAAGAGCUUCAGUCGGAGUUCCAUUCUCCUUGAGCACCAGAGAAUCCAUACAGGUGAGAAGCCAUACAAAUGCAGCCAUUGUGGGCAAGGGUUUAGCCAGAGCUCCAAUCGUAAGCAGCAUGAGAGGACUCAUGGGAAGGGAAAAAUGAGCAACCCAGUUCAUUGGGGACCAAACUGGCAGAGGGCAGAGAUCCAGAGAUGUGGGCCUAAAAGCCUGAAGAGAACCGAGGAAGGUUUGGGACCUGAGCUAGGAUCUGGAGGAGGAUCUCAGUCUCCAGGGGAAAGUCCUUCUUGGAGCUCAAAGUUGGUUAUGAAGUACGAGAAAAGUCACCUGAUGGAGAAGCCCUACAGGUGCCCCGAGUGUGGGAAAUGCUUUGCACGCAGCACAGAUUUCAUCCGGCACCAUAUCACCCACACUGGAGAGAAGCCCUACACUUGUGUGAAAUGUGGCAAGAGUUUUACACGCAGCUCCGUCCUUAUUGAGCACCAGCGAAUCCACACGGGAGAGAGACCCUACAAGUGUAGGGUGUGUGGGAAGGGCUUCAGCCAGAACUCGAACCGUAAUCAACAUGAGACAAUUCACCAGACUAAGAAAUCCCAAUGCUUCCUGAGUGGCAAAGAAACUUUAAGCUGGGGUGUGGGACUCACUAGACAACAGAGAAUUAAUUUGGCUUGGGAGAAAGCCUGACAUGAGUCCAAGGGAUAUGGAUAUCCAAGGCAAAUUUGAAUCUACUGUGGGUUAGAUUCCAAAAUGGUAAGGGAAGUCCAAGGCUGCAAUCCUAACCCCACAUACCUGGGAGUAAGUAUUGAAUUAAAUGGAACUUACUUUUGAGUAGAUACAGUUAGGACUGCAGCCCUCAAAUGGUAUGGGGGAUUAAUUUUUGUGUGUGAAGGAAAGCUGAUGUUAUUUGGAAAUAAAAUAUUCUUGCUUCAGAAA